GAGAGUCACACAGGCACAGUGAGCGAGCGAGUGAGCGGGCUGCUUGCUCUGCUGCAGACUCACCACUGUUGAGCUCAUUAAUCAAAGCGGUGGAGAGAGAGAACAGCUCGGAAAAGUAGCGUCCCUCGCGGUUUCAUCUCCGUGCACUAGCAGAGCGUGACGCUCGGGAUUUGGAACCACCUCCUCCUGCUUCUUCUACCUCUCUGCUUCCCGGACGAGCUGAAGCGCUCGAGCUGCGCGGUGCAGUGCAGCGCGACUCCUCAGUCCAGCCAUGCGCUGCGCUCGAGUCGCCCGCAAGACUUUCUGGACGCUGACACUGCUCGAGAUGUCGCUGGUGGUGCUGUCCCGUGGGAGCGACGCAGUGGAUUAUGAGUACGCUUCCAACACUUUUGAGUACUUGCUGGAGCCGGACAGCGCCGCGGAGGUGAACUACAAGGAUCCGUGCAAAGCCGUUGCUUUCUGGGGAGACAUAGCUCUCGAUGAAGAUGACAUGAAGUUGUUCCAUGUGGACAAACCCAGCCCGUCAUCAAAAUUUGCAGCAAAGGCAAAUGGGCACAUGUCAGGUGGUUUUGAAGAACAAAGCCGCUUUCUGAGCCAGAACUCUAGCACGUCAGCAAAUCUUAAAAACAGAAAAGUUAAAAAGGGACUGAAAUCAAAGCCCACAUUAAAUACUCAACUGAAGAGGACAACUGCUGAAAACAGCACCCUGAACUCCAGCCGACCAAAUAGCAGAGUACGAAGAGCCGCCACCUCCCGUCAGGAGAGAAUAUGGCCUGGUGGAGUUAUACCGUACGUUAUUGGAGGAAACUUCACAGGUACCCAAAGAGCCAUAUUUAAACAAGCCAUGAGACACUGGGAAAAAUUCACCUGCGUCACCUUUGUGGAGAGAACCGAUGAGGAGAGCUUUAUUGUGUUCACAUACAGGCCUUGUGGAUGCUGUUCCUAUGUGGGUCGGCGUGGUGGAGGUCCUCAGGCAAUUUCCAUCGGUAAAAACUGUGAUAAGUUUGGCAUCGUGGUCCAUGAGCUGGGCCAUGUGGUUGGCUUUUGGCAUGAGCACACACGACCUGACAGAGAUAACCACGUCCUGAUCAUCCGGGAAAAUAUCCAACCAGGGCAGGAGUACAACUUCCUGAAGAUGGAGCCUGGAGAAGUGAAUUCUUUGGGGGAGACCUAUGACUUUGACAGUAUAAUGCACUAUGCCCGGAACACCUUCUCAAGGGGGGUCUUCCUGGACACUAUUCUUCCCCAAAGAGAUGACAAUGGUGUCAGACCACCCAUUGGACAACGAAUCCGACUUAGCCGGGGGGACAUAGCCCAAGCAAAAAAACUCUACAAGUGUCCAGCAUGUGGAGAGACUCUUCAGGACACAACAGGGAACUUCUCAGCUCCAGGAUUUCCAAAUGGAUAUCCAUCAUACUCACACUGUGUGUGGAGAAUUUCUGUGACUCCAGGAGAAAAGGUGAUAUUAAACUUCACGUCAAUGGACCUUUUCAAAAGUCGUCUCUGCUGGUACGACUAUGUUGAGGUGCGUGAUGGCUACUGGAGAAAAGCCCCUCUGCUUGGCAGAUUUUGUGGCGAUAAAAUCCCUGAGCCCAUCUUAUCCACAGACAGCAGACUCUGGAUUGAGUUUCGGAGCAGCAGCAACAUUCUAGGCAAAGGAUUUUUUGCAGUCUAUGAAGCCAUCUGUGGGGGAGACAUAAACAAGGAUGUGGGGCAGAUCCAGUCACCUAACUACCCUGAUGAUUACCGACCCUCUAAGGAAUGCAUCUGGAAGAUCACCGUGAGUCAAGGCUUCCAUGUGGGCCUGUCCUUCCAGGCCUUUGAGAUUGAAAGACAUGACAAUUGUGCCUAUGACUUUCUGGAGAUCCGGGAUGGAGUCCAUGAUGACAGCCCCCUCAUUGGCCACUACUGUGGAUAUGAAAAACCAGAUGACGUCAAAUCAACCUCCAACCAGCUGUGGAUGAAGUUUGUGUCUGAUGGCUCCAUCAACAAGGCAGGCUUUGCAGCUAAUUUUUUUAAAGAGGUGGACGAGUGCUCCAGGCCAGACAAUGGUGGCUGUGAACAGCGUUGUGUGAAUACACUUGGCAGCUACAAGUGUGCGUGUGAUCCCGGGUUUGACCUUGCUCCUGACAAAAGAAGCUGUGAAGCUGCAUGUGGCGGCUUCCUCACGAAACUGAACGGCACCAUUACAAGUCCAGGGUGGCCAAAGGAGUACCCAACCAACAAGAACUGUGUCUGGCAGGUGGUCGCUCCAAACCAGUACAGGAUCUCUUUGCAGUUUGAUGUUUUUGAGCUGGAAGGCAAUGAAGUUUGCAAAUAUGACUAUGUGGAGGUGCGCAGUGGACUGUCUACAGACUCAAGGCUACAUGGGAAAUUCUGUGGCUCUGAAAAGCCUGACGUUAUCACUUCUCAGCUUAAUAACAUGAGAGUGGAAUUCAAGUCUGACAACACAGUUUCAAAAAAAGGCUUCAAGGCCCACUUCUUCUCUGAUAAGGAUGAGUGUUCCAAGGACAACGGCGGCUGUCAGCACGAGUGCCUCAAUACAUUUGGCAGCUACACUUGCCAGUGUCGAAACGGUUUUAUUCUUCAUGAGAAUGGCCAUGACUGCAAAGAAGCUGGUUGUGAACACAAGGUGACCAGUGCUGAGGGAGUGCUGAGCAGCCCCAACUGGCCAGACAAGUAUCCCAGCCGGAAGGAGUGCACCUGGGAGAUCUCAUCCACUGCCGGACACAGAGUGAAAAUUGUCUUCAAUGACUUUGAGGUGGAACAGCAUCAAGAAUGCGCUUAUGACCACUUGGAGUUGUACGACGGCCCCAACAGCAAGUCACCUAUCCUUGGACGCUUUUGUGGUAAUAAGAAACCGGACCCGGUCAUCUCUUCAUCCAAUAAGAUGUUCCUUAGAUUUUACUCUGAUGCCUCAGUACAAAGGAAAGGAUUUCAGGCGAAACACAGUACAGAAUGUGGUGGACGAAUGAAAGCAGAGAUUAGAACCAAGGAUCUCUACUCUCACACGCAGUUUGGAGAUAACAACUACCCUGGACAGUCCAACUGUGACUGGGUGAUAACUGCUGAGGAUGGCUACGGUGUGGAACUUAUCUUUCAGACAUUUGAAAUCGAGGAAGAGUCCGACUGUGGAUACGACUUCAUGGAAAUCUACGAUGGUUAUGACAGCAGCGCACCAAGGCUGGGCCGGUUCUGUGGCUCAGGGGUAGGUGUCCAGUUGGCCAUUGCCACCAGAGGAAAUCUACUCAGCUGGGGAUUCCAUAAUGAUCCGCUUUCACUCUGACGACACCAUCAAUAAAAAAGGAUUUCACGCGCGGUACACAAGCACCAAAUUCCAAGAUGCGCUGCACAUGUGAAGAAAGCUGGAUGAGGAGCACUUUCUCAGCGUUUUAUCUUUCCCGACAAAACACAAAAUUACAGUCACAGGAAGAAAAAAAAAAGGAACACUUGCCACGGAAGCACCCUGAGUCCGGUGUUGAGAGUAUUUGUUUUCUGCAAAUAAAAUUGAAACACUGCUUACAAAAAAA